CGCGUCCUGACGGCUGGGCCCGGCAUGCUCGGGAGCAGACGCGGUUCCGGGGGGGCCGCUGCCGCCAACGGCCUCUGCUUCGGGGGGAAGGGCUGUGCGCUGCCGGGCUGCCCAUGACCGGGAAGUCGCCCUCCGCCUCUCUGUACUCCUGGAGGGGCGCCUUGCUCCCGUGCCUCUCGGCCGCUGGGGCGAGGAAGAGGAAAGAAAUGAGCCGCCAGACCGCGACGGCGCUGCCUACCGGGACCUCCAAGUGCACGCCGUCCCAGAGGGUGCCCGCCCUCACCGGCACCACCGCGUCCAACAAUGACCUGGCCAGCCUCUUCGAGUGUCCCGUCUGCUUCGACUAUGUGCUGCCGCCCAUCCUGCAGUGCCAGAGCGGCCACCUCGUCUGCAGCAACUGCCGCCCGAAGCUCACGUGCUGCCCCACCUGCCGCGGCCCCCUGGGCUCCAUCCGCAACCUGGCGAUGGAGAAAGUGGCCAACUCGGUACUCUUCCCUUGUAAAUACGCCUCGUCCGGGUGCGAGGUCACGCUGCCCCACACGGAGAAGGCCGACCACGAGGAGCUCUGCGAGUUCCGGCCCUACUCCUGCCCGUGCCCCGGCGCGUCCUGCAAGUGGCAGGGCUCCCUGGACGCCGUCAUGCCGCACCUGAUGCACCAGCACAAGUCCAUCACCACCCUGCAGGGGGAGGACAUCGUCUUCCUGGCCACCGACAUCAACCUGCCCGGCGCCGUGGACUGGGUGAUGAUGCAGUCCUGCUUCGGCUUCCACUUCAUGCUCGUGCUGGAGAAGCAGGAGAAGUACGACGGGCACCAGCAGUUCUUCGCCAUCGUGCAGCUCAUCGGCACGCGCAAGCAGGCCGAGAACUUCGCCUACCGGCUGGAGCUCAAUGGCCACCGGCGGCGGUUGACUUGGGAAGCCACUCCGCGCUCCAUUCACGAGGGGAUCGCGACAGCCAUCAUGAACAGUGACUGUCUAGUCUUCGACACCAGCAUCGCACAGCUCUUUGCAGAAAAUGGCAAUUUAGGCAUCAAUGUAACUAUUUCCAUGUGCUGAAACGGCAAUCAGACACUUUCUGGCCAGUGUUGAAACCCAUCCCAUUCAGCUUCACGGAGAACCGGCGCCUUCCGCCUGCGACCGGGACUUCGGGCGGGCGGGGCCGGUCGCGGGAAGGUGAACGGAAGAGAGGCUGUUAAAUCCGGGAGACAGUUGCAUGUAGUAACACUAAUAUAUUUAAAAUAAGUCAACAGUAAACCACUGAGAAAAAAUAUAUAUAUAUACACCCAAGAUGGGCAUCUUUUGUAUUAAGAAAGGAAGCAUUGUAAAAUAAUUCUGAAUUUGUGUUCGUUGUAGAUUGAGUGUCCUGUUGGAAAUACUGGGUUUUGUUUUUUGUUUCUGCCGGAGUGCAUGCGUGGGCGAGUGUGCGAGUGUGUGUGCGAGUGCGUGCGUGUGUGCGCCUUCGGGUUUUCCUGUAACUGACAAGCCAUGUGCGUGGUCGCGGCCACUGCUGCCCCUCUCCGAGUCAAUGUGUAGUGCUGCUGUGUGUGUGUGUUGGCUCAUUUUUAUUAAUUCUAGUUUUUCAUUAAAUAAAUUUGACUUUCUUUUCUGUAAUUCAGGCUUUCCCCAAUUUUUUUUUGUACCUUUUUAAAGUUAGUGUCUUUUUGAUAUGCAUAAUUGUUUAUGGUAAAGUUUAUACAUGUGUGCUCCAUGCUAUUUUUCUCCCCGUUAAUCAGUUCAUUAGACAUACUUUAAAUUCAGUUGUUUCUGUGGAAAGUUCCAGAAAGGAGAGGUGGUGUCGGAAGAAUUACCAGAAGCUAUUAUGAGCAGCUGUAGGAGGGUCGUUCUUUCUUUUUCUCCAGUGGAGUCGGAUCUCCAAACUUACUCUCUGAGAGGUUAGAAUAUACUGAUUUUUUUAAAACACUAAAAGAAAUAGGCUAUUAUUUUUCCAAAUAUUUUGGACAAAUCACAUGUUUAAAAUUUGUUCUUGUAUUUAUUGGUUUUGAAAAAGAAGGCAUUGUCUUACACAGUAUUUGUAAUUAAAAGCAAAUCAUUUGUUUUAAAAAAAUGGCAGUUUGCAAAAAAAAUGUUUGUGGUCUUUUAUAAUUCUCAUUAAAAGAAUAUCUGGCAAA